CCCUCUCUAAAUGACAACAACCGCACCAACAACACAAGAUUCACCCACCCAUUCAUUCAGUCAUUCAGUUGUGCUUACCAGGUGGCCCAGAAACCAUGGGCUCAACCGUCGAUAUCGCCUCGUCGUUCAUCGAGGGUGCGCCUCCCUCCGAGCUCGCCGAUGUUGUCAAGGACAUCAAGGCACUCACCUCGGACGAUGAGCCAGACCUGAUUGCCAAACUGAAACCCGCAUUUCAAAAAUACAAUGAAGAACAGCUGGUCGCUGUCAAGUUGCCUGGAGCGAGUGACUAUGUCUUGGUGUCCAGCUACAACAAAAUCUCCUCCAGUCCUCCACGAUACUACGACUCGGCUUCCUCUACGUCCUUUGAAUUUGACCACACGACCGCCAAAGCCAGCUCCCCUCAGUCCUACACGCACGAGACCCAGCAUUCCACCUUGGUGCAGUCCAUCCUCAAGUCCCUCUCGGCACACUUCUCCGAGCACUACCCGCCCACGUCGUCCGCCGCGUUCACCGCCUGCGCCACGCCGGACGACAGUCAGAUUGCGGUCCUGAUAUCCAGCACGAAAUCCAGCCCCAAGAACUUCAUCAGCGGCCAGUGGCGGAGUCGGUUCCUCUUCGACCCGGCCUCCUCUUCGCUGAGCGGCAGCAUACGGGUCAAUGUGCACUACUACGAGGACGGCAACGUGGCGCUCACGACGAAAAAGGAGAUUGACGGUGUCGAUGUGGGCGGGAGUGACGGCGGCAGUGUCGUGAGGAAGAUCGCCGCCAUCGAGAAACAGUACCAAGAGGAAGUGAACAGGACGAUCGUGGGGAUGAACGAGAGCAGCUUUAAAAACUUGAGACGGCAAUUGCCCGUGACGAGGCAAAAGGUCGAAUGGGAAAAGAUCCGUGGUUAUGGCCUCGGUAGUGAUUUGAGAGGGGAGGCGAAGCGGUGAAAGAUCUACUUGAUGGAGUUUCUUGAAGAACACAUGCAGAGGGUCCUGGACGAGUACCCUUCGGCAAGAACGAAGAGAUGGAGGUGCUACGAUUCUGGGAGAAUGGGAAUACACAUCUCGUCGGAAGGAAAUACCAUCGAAUUGCUUACAAAUGCCUGAACAUAUGUUGCAGUCUCUCUGGGCUGGGAUAUCAGCGCGGAAACUAUUUGACGAGCGAAAUGUUAGGAAAGACAAGGUAUGGUCAGAGUCCUUGGGGUCUUUGUAUGGAGCACAUCUCAGCCAGGCAUAAGCUUGCGUAACCAGAUGCUCGUUUGGUAAGUAGCCAAUUGGUACGAAUUACGGCAGUCUCUUUCCUUCUCUCGUUGCCUUGGCCACCUCACUCUGCGUCGUGUCCUCCGCAUACCGUUUAUAGGCAUCAAUAUACUGUUCCCUGUC